UUCUAAAAAAUUAUCCCGAUCAGUUACCUAUUGACUUCUGCUGAAGCAACUCCAAACGCUCACAUCUCAACUCUCGUCCAGAAAAACAGCAGCUCCUGUGUUGAUCGCUCGGACCAAAUAAGCAUCGUUGACCGUGACAGGCGCAAAUAUGCACGCUUCGAGAUGCCUGCUAGCACUGCUUUUCUGGCUCUUCGCCAGCUCGUCGUUUGUUUUCUGCAGCACGCCUAACAGCUUGAUGGAUGACGACAGCCCCAGCGAGACACUUGAACGAAACCAGCUCGACAUCGCCAAGGCGUUACGCAAUCAGCCCGUCCGGCGCUUAGUCGGCAGCCACCUUCAACACGGAAUCACUACGAAGGAACUCGAAUCCGACAGCUUCAGUGCAUCACCCUCGAAAUAUCACGGGGAGAGCUCGCGAAACGCAGUGACUGAGUCAGCGGCUGUAGCGGCUGUAGCGGAGACAACCGUCGAGAGAUUCUACGAGGCCGGUUUCGGCUCCUGCGGGAUCCCCGACAUUGCAAGCGACGACGAGUGCGUGGCUGAUCUCGCGGCUUUCCCUGAGCUGGCUGCGCGCAGCGGCUCCUCCCGCGUGCGCCGCCUGGCGUGCCUUGCGCACUCGUAUCUGCGCCCCUGGAUGGGGAUUCCCGGCGUGAAGAAGGGAAUGGGCGCACGGGGAAUGAUCAGCCCGAGGAUCUUACACCGCAUGGGCCGGAUGGCGAACGUGCUCUCGUGCUCCGGUCACGUGCGCAUAGUCAACGGGAAGAUCUUCUUCCGCUUCGGCGGAUUCGAGUUCCACUGGUACCGCAUGCGCCGCUUCGUCUUCUCGAUUCUCAUGAUCAAGGACGCGAUCGAAACGUACAAGCUGCACUCGCUCAACGCCGAGUUCUACCUCAGCACCUGCGACUUGCACAUCAGCAAAGCCGCGUCGAUCGCGGAUCGUCGCGCCGGCCUCCCGAUUUUCAGCCCGCACGGCGCUCCCGGGAGCAUUGAUAUACUCUACCCCGACCCGGUGGAUCUGAGCUCGAGUUAUUUCAGGAGCGGGGAGGAUGCUGUGCCUUGGGAGCUGAAGCAGAGCCGCGCCGUGUUUCGCGGCGGGAUGACCAACUUCCGCGUCAGCUACGACCGGCAGUGGCGAGCCAGUCCGCGCUUCCGCGUGCACCGGAUGUCUGACUUGAGACCCGACUUGCUCGACGCGAAGGUCGUCGCGAGCGGCUUAAAAUCGACUGUGGACGCGGAAUUUCAAGACAGUCUGCGUGACGAUGGGAUUGAAAUGGGCAAUCGCCUCGGCCCGUCGGAGCUGCAGGGCUACAAGUACGAGCUGGAUGUUGAUGGCGGAACUGGCAGCGGGCGCGUGUGCGGAAUUCUGUCAAGUAACCAAAUGCUGAUCAAGCAGGGGAGCGAGUAUACGCAGUUUUUCGACCCGUUGCUGUGCCCGAAUCGGCAUUUCGUCUCUACGCACCGCUAUUUUUCCAAUUUAUUUGAGCGGAUCGAAUGGGUACGUGAUCACGAUGACGAAGCCCAGCGAAUUGUGAAGCAGGCCAAUCGGCUUGCGAGCGAGGUGUGCAGCUGGGAGGGCCGUCGCCUUUACUGGGCGAUUCUCCUGGCGAAAUAUUCCGCCAGCGCUUUGGAAGAUCCCGCUAAUGUCACCCGACCAGUCACGUUUCAGUGCAAGGCUCGUCCAAUCCAGGACGACGUGGAGAACAAUUCCAUUCGCUCCAAACCGAAGCCAGCUGUUUGGCCUCCGAGGUGUAACUCACCUGAUGAGGAUACAAAUCAGCCAGCAUGCACGCAUUUCUGCGCGGGAAAUAUUCUUGAGACCAAGUGGAAAUGGCUCACAGCUGACCUUUUGGAUGACAUCGAGGUCUUCAAACCCCCAAACAGAAGAAUCCAGCUCCGAGAGGUCUGACAUUCGAAACGUUUCUAAUACCGUAAUCACCCGGAUAGACGCCCCUCCAUAGGAUAAGUCCCAUGGGCACUAACUCGUCCAUUGGGACUUCAAUUAUUAUUAGAUUAUUAGCCCCCCUUAUUUUUUCAGAACAUGUAUACCCUAUAAGCCCCCAGUUGAAACACU